CUCCGGCCUGCAGGCUCCAGAAGGUUCCAGCGACCCUCGUCCGUGGCUGAGGACGCCAAGGUGUGGCAGGCGUGCUUGUGGGACACCCGUUUGACACAGUCAAGGUGAGUCUCUGCUCCCCGCUUCAGCCUCUGCCACCUGGGCGCGGCCUGCAGGGUGAGGGGCGGCCUCAGUGUCUGAGGAAGGUGGAAGGGGAGCUCUCCAGGGUGCCUGGGGGCGGAACCUGCCCUGAGCCUUUGUCCUCCCCCCUCCCAGCAGUGGGCUCACGGCCACGUGCACUCUUGGGCGUGGCCACUGCAGGGAGCUCUUCCUCUCCCCCACAACUGCCCCAAACGCUUCCUUGAAAGAGCAGGCGAGAGAGGAAAGCUACAAGCGUGUCGGGCUUUGCCACUACGUGAACUUCCCAGAGCCGUGGCGAGCGCCGCUCUGCACCUGGGUGACGGCCCUGGCUCCGGCCGGUGUUGUGGGCCUGCACGCCCUCCGACACACACACACGGGCGGGCGGGCCGCCCCAGGAAAGCUGUCCUCCAGCCGCGGCUUCCCAGGUCCUGGCUGCGCCUUAUGCUCCUCACUCAGCCAGGGCUUUCCUUGCCACUUUCCCUGCGGGCGGCCGGGCGGGUGGCCCUGCGCUUGGCACCUUCCCAUGGGUGAGGGCAGAGCUGGAGGCGAGCCAUCCUGUGUGCCCACUGUUUCUCAGUGAACCCAGGUGGCCUUGUUCGCCGAGGGCUGGCCUUUCUCGCAGUGCAGCCGUGAGGCCUGGCCUUAAGCUCUGGCUCUGACUUUAAAACGUUCUGCCUGGGCCUCGAGCAGGUCCAGCUCCUGCUGGGUGGCCACAUGACCUUGGCCCGCUGACUGUACCUCUGGGCCCAAGUGUUCUGCAAAGCUGGAGGGGCGUGAGAUCCCAAGGGCGCCCCCCACACUGUGUGUGCAGUACCAGUACCAGGUGCUUUACAAGUGAGCAAUGGGAUUAAAAGACAGUUCUAUUUUGUUGCAAAAAAUAUUGAAUUCCAUGCAUAGCUUUCUCAGAAUACACAUUAUUUAUUUAUGAUCUUUUUGAAGGCCCCGUGUGUACCUGGAUUUCAAAAGUUUUUUUGCACCAAAAUAAGCUUUGCCUUUAAUUCCAUUUUCGUGAACUGUUUGUAGCGUGUUCGGUGUCGGACUAAUGCCGGCUCUGAGGAGCACCCCGUGGGGAAGAGGCCUCCUUGGGAAGCAGGGAUGGCUCUGGCCAGGCCACCCCGUGAGGCUGCCACGACGGCCUGCCUGCGCCCACCCACACUGCACUUCCGUCUUGAGGCUGUGUCCCGCCAGGUACCUGGGCUUGGCAGAGGCCGGGCCUGUCCGAGCCUGCUGCGGGCUCACAAGCCCCUUGGACAGGCCCGUGAGUCAGGUGCACUUCCCACCGCUCUGGGUUCGAGCCCCCGAACUCCACCUCCCUGGCACCUCUGGGAUGGCCACCAGGAUGGCAUCUGGGCGAACCUGGGCAGCUUGUGGGCAGCCUGUCCUGCUGUGCGGUGCCCCCCCGCGGGCUUUAACAGAAGCCUGUCCCCAGCAGUGCUAGUGUUCUGCUGGCCACUGGCUGUUGUCACAGUCGAACGUUCCCAGGAAGAGGAAACUGGGAAAUGUGGAAAAGCCAGCGAUCUCCUUGCCCCAGACAACUCCGCCAUCCCACUUCGUGCGCUGCCUCCUGCACCCACCCGCACAGCGCGUGCCAGGCAUAGGAAGUUCAGAAUGGGUGGGCGUUAGGUCUGUACACGCUGGGGGCUGGCUUUCUAUUAUAAAAGUAGUAUAGGGUUUUUUGUUUUUUUGUUUUUUUAAAUCUUGGCCUUGUAAUAGAGGUGCAUAAACUGGUUCUGGAAAGCCAGUGGCUCAUGUAUCCCUCCUCCGACCCCUGUUCAGGAUUUCACUGGGAAACAGCCCCCGCUCCUCGACCCAGCUCCUGGGCCCAACUCCCAGCCUGUACUGCCCCAGCUUCCCUCUCCGGGGGUCGCCUUGCUCACUUCCACCCUUCACACAGUUGGAGCUGUCCUGUGCAAUACGUUAGGGACACCCGUGUUUGGUGCCCGUCCACGGUUCUCACAUCUGCACUUGGUCCCUCUGGGCCCCCGAGCCUGCAGGAAUCCCCGAUCUGGGUCCCCCCCACGGUCCCUGGGCUCGGCUGCCUUCCGUGUUUCUGGCUGAAGGUAGCUCUAUGUCUUGCUGCACCGGGCCUGCGGUAAUCUGGGCUUCGCUGCCCCUGGGCAGGGGAGGGGACAGGGCGGUGGGGGGCUGGCGGCAGGGGCUCGGCGCCUGGAUGUGAUGUUGAAAUUUUGUGCUGCUUUAACCGCCUUUACUUUCUGAGCUAGGGGCUGCCUCCAUGCAUAGCCAAAGUGUAACUUUGUUGUAGAUGAGCAUAAGCCUCUGCCCGGAGAGCACUAGUAAGUACAGACCAGGUGAACCUCCGUCCUCGCCGUCCUGCCCGCCCAGACCCCGCCCCGCCUCAGCCACGGCGCAGGCCCAGCACAGGUCCUGCUGGAGAAACUCUGCCCCCACUCCCUCCCCGUCCCCCGGCCCUGUGGGGGCUCCAAGGCUCCUGGGCUCAUGUGCAAGUGACCGUUUUCCUGGGGUGGACCCAGCCUCGGCACGAGUCCUUGGAGAAGACCUUGUCGCCCCGAACACUGACAACCUCAGAUCCAGGCGUCGUGGGACUGGAGCCACUCGGCCACGUGUCACACCUGGACUCCUGGGCAGCGAGGGCCCCUCACAGACCUGAGGGGCAGACAGAGUGGCAUGGGCCUCUGGCCGCUCCGGCUGAGGGGCUGAGCUGACCAGACCUGCCGUUCCCGAGCCUUGCCUGACCUGCAGAGCCCAAGGGACGCCACCGGAAGCCCCACCUACUUCUGCCAGCACAGCCCUCUCGGCGCCAGGGUCGGGGGCCGCGGGAGGACCUGACCCCCCCCCCAGAACGCUGAAGGGAGAGAGAGAGACCUCACGUCACAGGCACCUGGUCACAGGCACCUGGGCCAGAGCUCGUGGUGUCAGACGUUACACACCCUCUCCUGCCGGGUCCUGGCAGGGGCGGGGCAGCGGAGGCUUCGAGUUGUUGAGGUCCCUGUGUGCAGAUGGUGUUUUUUCCCAAUGAGUCAUUUUUUUUUUUUUUUAAGAUUUAUUUAUUUAUUUGAAAGACACAGAGAGAGGAGAGGCAGAGAGAGAGAGAGAGAGAGAGGUCUUCCAUCUGAUGGUUCAUUCCCCAGAUGGCCGCAACGGCUGGAGCUGUGCUGAUCCAGAGCCAGGAGCUUCUUCCAGGUCUCCCAUGUGGGUGCAGGGGCCCAAGGACUUGGGCCAUCUUCUACUGCUUUCCCAGGCCAUAGCAGAGGGCUGGAUCGGAAGAGGGGCAGCCAGGACUAGAACGGGUGCCCGUAUGGGAUGCCGGUGCUUCGGGCCAGGGCUUUAACCCACUGCGCCACAGCGCCGCCCCCCACCCUUUUUUUUUUCUUGUAAGUGCACUUGCCAGCAGAGGGUCCACCUGUCCUGGUGGAGGGACGUGGCAGAGGCUCCCACUCCCAGGCCGAAGAAGUCCCCAUUCCCUGUCAGGGUGCUCCCUGGCCAGCACGACCACUUGUGUCCCUGGAGACAUCGGGCAGCUGAGGCCACCCUGCAGAAUGUCAGCCAGCCUCCUUGGAAAUGGCACCCACCUGGGCGGGUGGUCCCGAUGCCCAGAAGAGAUGAAUGCAGAGGCCCCCCGCUCCCUGCCCGUGCUGCCCACCCGCUGUGGCCCUGGCUGUAAUAGUGGGAGGGCAGCUCCUGGGGGUGUGACUUGACCGAGCUUAGCCCCGCGAGGCAGAUUCCCAGUUCAGGCCCCGUCCCUCCUGCCCCGCAGCUGUGGGGCCUGCCUCUCAAGGGCAGAGAUAAGCUCCUGGUUGACAGCGCCUUGACCCUCCCUUCCAUAAGGGGCCACUGGGCGAAAGUCAGCGAGUCCCAUGGAGCCGAGGCUCGAGGCCUGUGACACCUGGCACCUGGUGUGGACAGUGAUGGGAUGUUAGCUCAGGAGCCCCCUCUGGCCUCAGCCCUGGUUUGGGACGCUGGCCACUCGGCAGGAUGACAGGUGUCCCUUGCACAGCCGGUUGGUUCUGGGAGGUAGUUUGUGUCCCUGGAGUGCAGCGUGCAGUGAUGGUAGAAACAGGAGGCUUCGCCUCAACCACCUGAGAUUUUGGGGACCCCUGUCUACAGCUGGUUGUCCCUAGCUGUUUGCCCACAAGCACCCCUCCUGAUGAGGCAUGGACUCCUGGCCCUGCCCCACCCCGAAAUUCCAAGAGCCGCAGGAAGCUGCAGGCUCCCUUCCUGAUGCGGCCUGCCUUGGGCCUCCCCCAGGGCAGGGGAGUGGGUGUUCUGGCUCUGGGCUCGCCUGCCUCUCACUGGGCCCCACCCUUGCAGGUGCGGCUGCAGGUGCAGAGCACGGAGAAGCCCCGGUACCGCGGGACCUUGCACUGCUUCCAGACCAUCGUCAAGCAGGAGAGCGUGCUGGGCCUGUAUAAGGGCCUGGGCUCGCCCCUCAUGGGGCUCACCUUCAUCAACGCGCUUGUGUUCGGCGUGCAGGGGAACACACUACGGGCGCUGGGCCAAGACACCCCACUGAACCAGUUCCUGGCCGGCGCGGCGGCGGGCGCCAUCCAGUGCGUCAUCUGCUGCCCGAUGGAGCUGGCCAAGACGCGGCUGCAGCUGCAGGGCGCGGGCCCGGCGCGCACCUACAAGGGCUCCCUGGACUGCCUGGCGCAGAUCUACCGGCGCGAGGGCCUGCGCGGCGUCAACCGAGGCAUGGCGUCCACGCUGCUGCGCGAGACACCCAGCUUCGGCGUCUACUUCCUCGCGUACGACGUCCUCACGCGCGCGCUCGGCUGCGAGCCCGGCGAGCCCCUGCUGGUGCCCAAGCUGCUGCUGGCGGGCGGCGUGUCGGGCAUGGCGUCCUGGCUCUCCACCUACCCCGUGGACGUGGUCAAGUCGCGGCUGCAGGCCGACGGGGUGCGGGGCGCCCCACGCUACCGCGGCAUGCUGGACUGCGCGCGCCAGAGCUACCAGGCCGAGGGCUGGCGCGUGUUCACGCGGGGCCUGGCCUCCACGCUGCUGCGUGCCUUUCCCGUCAACGCUGCCACCUUCGCCACCGUCACCGUGGUGCUGAGCUACGCGCGCGGCCCCGAGGCCACCUCCGCGGGGCCGGCACUGGCCCAGCCCUCCAGCCUGUGAAGCCACCAGCCUUGGGCCGCAUCGUACCGGGCUGGGGACGUCACUAGGAUGGACACGACGUCAGGGAUAUGCCUGUGCGGUGCCCUGGCCUGGGACUGCUACUAGGGGUCCGCUGGAAACCCAGCCAGCUGUGAUGUCCUGCUGCGGGCUUCUCGGGCAUGCGGAACGCCCCGUCUUCCCCAGCCCCACAGACACCUCUGGGCUCUGCUGGGGACAGAGGGCAGCCUGGAGAGCCUCUUGGUGCGCAUCUUCUACCUGUGUGUCUCAGCGCCUGGCUUUCCCGUGGCCUGGGCCUCACCAGGAAGUCACCGCUAGGUUGUUCGGCUGUGGCACAUGGAAGGCCCUGCACCUCUGGACCUCAGACUGCCUUUCUGUGGAAUGGGGACCUCAGUCAGCUGGGGUCUGGGUCGCUGGCCCAGGAGCCAGCCAGCGCUCCCCAGGGUCCACAGAGGGCCCAGCAGGGAACGGUGUGGGCUGGAACUAAGGCCAGAGACGCCCAAGGUCCGUUCCUUUCCAUUCCUUCUGUGGCUGGCAGAUGGUGUGUUUCCCGGGCAGCGAGGGGCUGAUGGUGGGCACAGGUGUGGCCGGUUGGGGCCCCUCCAGGCUGGGGAGUGCCAUAAGCUCUGUGCCCAGCUCUGGCCUUGGCCAUUGUACAGGAACCUUGGAAGAAAUAAAGGACUCUGGAUU